GAAUUGAAAACACCUUCUCUCUCUUUCUCCCUCCAGAGCGAUAUUUGUUGAGGUAAGAGAGAGAAAAUAACUUUGAUGGGUUGGUUUCUCUGUUUAGGAAAAUCAAACAAAAGGGAAAAGAAGAAGCUGAGGAAGAAACCAGAAGAUCAGAUCCCAUCGACUUCAGAGAAAUUGAAGGCAAAUUCAGCAGUGGAUGUGAAAAAGGAGGGCACGAAGGAUGGAGGAUCAGAUCACAUUGCAGCACAUACAUUUACUUUUCGUGAGUUGGCUGCCGCUACAAAGAAUUUUAGAGCAGAUUGCCUUUUAGGUGAAGGAGGUUUUGGCCGAGUAUACAAAGGGCGCUUAGAGAGUUCUAAUAAGGUUGUAGCUAUCAAGCAACUUGAUCGUAAUGGGCUGCAAGGAAACAGAGAAUUCCUUGUUGAAGUUUUGAUGCUCAGCCUACUUCACCAUCCUAAUCUUGUGAACUUAAUUGGCUAUUGUGCUGAUGGGGAUCAGAGACUUCUUGUUUAUGAAUAUAUGCCAUUGGGAUCUUUGGAAGACCACCUACAUGAUCUACCACCUGAUAAAAAACGACUUGACUGGAAUACAAGAAUGAAAAUAGCUGCGGGUGCUGCUAAGGGCUUGGAAUACUUGCAUGACAAAGCAAACCCUCCUGUUAUAUAUCGGGAUUUGAAAUGCUCUAACAUUUUGCUUGGUGAAUGCUAUCAUCCCAAACUUUCUGAUUUUGGCUUGGCAAAAUUGGGUCCUGUAGGAGAUAAGACCCAUGUAUCUACUAGGGUGAUGGGAACCUAUGGAUAUUGUGCACCUGAAUAUGCAAUGACUGGUCAGCUCACAUUGAAAUCAGAUGUGUAUAGCUUUGGAGUUGUUCUUCUUGAGAUUAUUACUGGAAGAAAAGCAAUUGACAAUUCAAGGGCUGCUGGGGAACAUAAUCUAGUUGCAUGGGCGCGGCCUCUGUUUAAAGAUCGAAGAAAAUUUCCACAGAUAGCUGAUCCAAUGCUCCAAGGCCAAUAUCCAGUGAGGGGCUUAUACCAAGCUCUAGCAGUAGCUGCAAUGUGUGUUCAGGAACAGCCAAAUAUGAGACCUCUCAUAGCUGAUGUAGUCACAGCCCUUUCUUAUCUUGCUUCUCAGAAAUAUGAUCCUGAGACGGGGCCAGUCCAGGGCUCACGCACAAGCUCAUCUACUCCUAGAUCUAGAAGGGAACUUUGAAAUUGCUCAGUCAAGCCUGGAAAUAGCCCCAAUACAGUUUCACAUAAGGAAUCCUCCGAUGAGAUUGUCUUCACCUUGCGCAGUGUAUUGUGAUUUUUCUUCUUCUUCUUUUUUUUUUUUUUUUUUUUUUUUUUUUUUUUUUUUGGGUAAUAUCCUGAGGUCGUUCAUUGAAGGUUCAAUUGUUGGCUGCACAUAGGAACGUGCCUGUGUAUCGAAUUUUGCGUCACUUCGAUUAUCAGGUGGAAUAUGCUCACUUCUAGUGUGUUGUACAAGAAAGCUUUUUUUGGCCAUUUAUAUUUUCUCUUCUUUUACCUUUUGCAUGUUUUUCUCUAUCUUCCCCUUUACCCUUUAAUGGUCUUUCUGUAUGAUUCUUUUUAUGUAUCUAUAUAGGAACUGAUUUCCCCUAAAAGAAGAGCAAGUUGUUGUAGAAUAUUACCAUUUUGGUGAAUGGAUGCCCUCAUUUCCCUUGCCUUUCUUUUUGUUC